ACUUAUGAAUUCCGACAGGGAGGGAGGACGUUAUCUUGACCCGCAUCCCCCUGGUUGGAAUAUAAAUCAUUAACCAUCUACCUCACCUUACCUACGGACGGCUACAACACGACACCAAUAUGGGUGAAUGCUGUAUGUCGGCUGAAGAAUUGGAGAGAAAUAAGAUACAUCAGGAGAUUGAAAGACAGCUUCGCCGGGACAAGAGAGAAUCUCACCGGGAGAUAAAGUUGUUGCUUUUAGGGACUGGUGAGAGUGGGAAGAGCACCUUCAUCAAACAGAUGAGGAUCAUCCAUGGGACGGGCUACUCCGAGGAGGACAAGCGAGGCUUCACCAAGCUGGUGUACCAGAACAUCGUCAUUGCUGUUCAGAAAAUGAUCCAAGCCAUGAAGACCCUACGGAUUGAUUUCAAAGAUCACCAGAACAUUAGCCAUGCAGACAAGCUGAGCAGGGUGGAGGCAGACAUAUUGACCAACCUGGAACCAUGGCAGGUGGAUGGCAUCAGAAGAUUGUGGAGUGACCAGGGCAUGCAGAAGUGCUAUGAGCGCAGGAGGGAGUACCAGCUCUCUGACUCUACCAAAUAUUACCUGAGUGACCUGGACAGAAUUGCUGCGCCCUCAUACCUCCCCACUCUGCAGGAUAUCCUCAGGGUCAGGGUCCCUACCACUGGCAUCAUAGAGUACCCCUUUGACCUCAAGACUGUCAUCUUCAGGAUGGUGGAUGUUGGAGGUCAAAGGUCAGAGAGGAGGAAGUGGAUCCACUGUUUUGAGAGGGUCACCUCCAUCAUCUUCCUGGUGGCUCUCAGCGAGUACGACCAGGUCCUCUAUGAGAGCGCCAAUGUGAAUCGAUUAGAGGAGAGCAAAGCCUUGUUUACAACCAUCGUCACCUAUCCCUGGUUCCAGGAGUCCUCCAUCAUCCUCUUCCUCAACAAAACAGACCUCCUAGCGGACAAGAUCUUACACUCCAACCUAGCAGACUACUUCUCAGCGUUCACUGGUCCACAGAGAGAUGCAGAGUCUGCUAAGAUGUUCAUCCUGAAUAUGUACAAAGAGCAGCACAUAGGGCGUCACAAAUCUCUGUACAACCACUUCACCUGUGCUACCGAUACAGAGAACAUCAGAGUUGUCUCCAAAGCUGUCAGGGACACAGUCUUCCAAGAAAAUCUGGAUCGGUUCGGGUUAGGGGUUUAGGACUAGCGUGGUCACGGAUCUGUAUAUGCUACAAACGUGUUAUUUUAGUUUGGGGUUACAGUUUUGCUACAGAGUAACUGUGGUCUUGAAUAACACACUUUCUUACUAUAGCAGGACUUCAGAAACAUUUUGAUUUACACUGCCGUUCAAAAGUUUAGGGUCACUUAGAAAUGUCCUUGUUUUUUAAAGAAAAGCACAUUUUUUGUCCAUUAAAAUAACAUCAAAUUAUUGUGAAUCUAAUGUACUUGUCCUCUUGCUCAGAGUUGACGUUGAGAACUCUCCAUAGAGACUGGUGUUUUGCGGGUCAACAGUGAAGCAGCGACUCUGGGAUGCUGGCCUUCUAGGCAGAGUUGCAAAGA